CAGUUCGCGACGUUGACGCUGCCGUAUACAUAAUGUCUCCGAAAGGCUUAUUAUGGCUUAGGUUGUGAGUUGGUAGUUUCUGUUAGAUUUUAUUUUAUUUUUGCUUUCUGUUCAUUUUAUGUUUUGGACAGAUUAAUAGAUGGAGAACUGUGGCUUAUCAUGAAACUCCGGACUCAGUAUGACAGGACUGAUUCCAGAAGUGUAUUGAGGAAUCCCCUAACUGUGAUGCAGCCUAACUCCAACGAGCUGGGUGCCCAUCAGGCAGGAAAUGGCUUGUCCCUGACUCUACAGCCGGAGCUACUGACCAGGACACCGGCAGGCGCUGCUGGGGGCUCUGCCAUCCCAGAGAUUAGUGGCGAGGUCCGGGUACCUAUCCUCUCUGGUGGGCCCGGGGACCCAUGUGGAGGGGCAUCAUCCCGUAGGUCUAGAGCCAGUUCCAGAACCAGUUCCCACGGCCACUCUCAUUCACAUGGUGGGGGAAACCAGCACUCUCACAGUGAUGCCAGUGAGUCAGACCAGGUUGAUCCUGACCUGGAGUCAGGGGAGCCCAGCACCUCGUUCUCUGAGCUGCGUUACAUUUUCCGCUGGGUUCAGAAGAGUCUUCCUUUCAUAAUCAUCCUGUGUGCUAAACUGGUCAUCCAGCAUGCCCUAGGUCUAGCAGUUGGAGUUGGCUUGUUUACAACUUUUCUUCAUGCGAAUAAGAACAUUCAAACCCAAGUCUUUCUUCAGGAUCGUCGGUCAAAGAUGGAGUGCGUAUGGCUGCUCCUCUUCCUGGCAUCUUCCACACUCCUGCUUUAUUACACUUUUCUCACUGAGACACUUUACUACUGCCUCAUCUUCCUGAGCCCAGCUGUUCAGCCGUUGGGUUUCUGGGAAGUCUUAUGGGCAGUGGGCGUCACCAACUUCAUACUCAAGUUCCUCGUCAUGGGGUUCAAGUGCCUUAUCCUACUGCUGCCGUCUAACCUGGUGACCUACAGAGCCCAGGGGCGGUGGUUCAUGCUGGUUGAAGAGGUGGGCCAGGUGUACCAGUCCUUGGCUCCCAGCCCUCUGUGGUUCCGCUACCUGGUAACCUACCAAGAGGUGGACGGCAAUGCUGGCCUGACCCUGGGAGUGCUGCUGGCUCUGAUCUACUUCAUACUCAAGCUUUUAGGAUUGUAUGGACAGUGGGGUCCUUUACAGAAAACUGUGAGGAUUUUUCUCAGUGGCGAGGCAUUUGGAUCCGUGUUGACUGCGCGUGGCGGUGUUACUCAGCACACAGGGGCAGCAGCCACCAGGAGCCAGUGUGUUGAGGCUGGGGGCAUCUGUCCUAUCUGUCAGGCGGAGUACAGGGACCCUCGAGCCCUCCUGUGCCAGCACAUUUUCUGUUCUGAGUGCAUCGCUCUGUGGUUCAACCGGGAGAAGACAUGUCCACUUUGCCGCACAGCCAUCACAGACAAGGUCCACAAGUGGAGGGAUGGGGCCACAUCGCCGUACCUCCAAAUCUACUGAGAAGAGGCAGUGGAUGAAACGAGGUGGAGAAACUCUUUAUUGAACACUGCUUUAGAUGUGAAUGAAAGUACUAUUGAUUACGCCUCAUUGGCUUGUGAAGCAGGGGACCACACUGUUCCUCAAUUCACAAAGGGCUGUUCCCACCACUGGCUGAUGUCACUCAGUAAGGGCACAUACUAUUAACAGUGGGACUGGGACUCAUUCAGCACUGUGGCAUGUUACUGCUGCUACUGUACCCCCUCUGCCACAGUUACUUAAACACAACGGGUUGACUGAAGAGGUUUCUCUCUACAUGCCCUCUACAGAUGGUUUUAGUUUCUAUCCUUUCCUUUUCUCCGUUUCUUUUCUCAUGACGUGGAAUAUUUAAAUGUUUUCAUGACCAGCUGAGAACAGAACAGAUUGUCUUUAUUAGCACUGUCAGGGAAUAGCUUGGUACCGUAGCAGUUUCUGCCAUUGAUUAUAAGCCAGCACACAUGUAUCUGGGAAACGCUAGUCCGGGAAUACUGGGAACUACCGGGAACUACCUGCAAGUAGGGGUGGUUUCUUGAGAGGAAUGUUAAAAUAUAUACUGUAGUAGUAUUUCAAUCAGACUUUUAAUAUCACUUCCUCUAAGUUAGAACAAAUGUAGACCACAAACACAUUGUUUGGUAAAUUCCAGUCCUCCCAAACCUUUGUUUGGAGUUGCAAAGCAAUGCAGUUUUGUAUCUGAUAAAGGCACACUGUUAGUAGUGGGGUAAAGAACUAAAUAUGCUCAACAUGUUGAAUCAGUUAAAGACAAUGGUUAAGUUCUUUUGGUUUUCAUUUGUUUCUGAUGAAGUCUCAUCUUUGAGAUUUUUUUCUCAGAUAAAAUAUGCAACCUGAGUUAGAUUUGAUCCAUUUAAAAAAAAAGCUAUGAUGCAAUUACAUCCUUUUCAAAAACCAAAGAGUGGGAGAAUGCAUCUAUUUUAUUACCAUAUUUCAUUGUUGUGAAAUCAGUGUUUUUCUUGCAUAAAGUAUUUCAAAUCAAUAAAAUAACAUUUUUUCUUUUCAA